AUGUCAACCUCAACGCCAACCCCCCAAGAUGCCGGCCUCCCCGCACCACCAUCUCGACCUCCCCCGCCGCAAAACGCAACUCCAACACAGAUAAACUCAGCAUCUGAUGUCGGUAUUAAACCCACCGUCGUUCACCUCGGCGACGACAUCAGAUGGAACCACGAUCUAUACGCUGAACUUAACCGGCAGUUCCAUGUCGAGAGGAGCUACUCGAUGGGUAGGGAAGAGUUCAAGACCGCGCUCCGGGAACGCAGAUGGGGCGAUUUUGUGGGCAUGUAUCGACCGUUCUGGAAUACAGGGGGUGAAAUGGGAAAUUGGGAUGAUGAGUUGAUUUCGUUGUUACCAAAGUCUUGUAAGAUCUAUGCAUCCGCCGGCGCAGGUUUCGACUGGGUUGAUACCAAAACCAUGGCCGAGAAAGGGAUAAUCUAUUGUAACUCAGCGACCUCCUGCACCGAGUCCGUCGUCGACCUCGCCCUAAUCCACCUCCUCUCUACCUAUCGCGCCCUCCCUUGGUCCUUCCUAGCCGCCCGCUCAGGUUCCCCCUCCCAAUUCCACGCCGCAAACCAAAACAUCGCAGCCUCAACACACAACCCCAACAACAGCAUCCUCGGUAUCGUUGGUCUAGGUCGCAUCGGGACCCGAUUAGCCUGGAAAGCCGCCACCGCUUUCGAGAUGCGCGUCUGGUACCACGACAUUGCUCCCUUUCCUGACCGUGAGAAACAAAUCCCCGGUGGAGCGAAGUUUUGUAGCACUCUUGAGGAGUUACUGAGAAGCACGGAUUGUGUGGUUCUAUGUACGCCUUUUCAUGGGGAGGUAUUGCUUUCGGAGAAAGAGUUUGCAAUGUUCAAGGAAGGAUCUAGGUUGGUGAACAUCGCGCGUGGGAAGCUGGUGGAUGAGACUGCGCUUGUCAAAGCGUUGGACGAGGGGAGGAUUGCGGCGGCGGGGCUGGAUGUGCACGCUGAUGAGCCGAAUGUUAAUCCUGAGCUCGCAAAGAGAUUGAAUGUAUUGGUCACGAGUCAUACGGCGGGGGCAAGCGUUGAGAGUCAUGUUGGAUUUGAGAGGUUGGGGAUGGAGAAUUUGUUGGGGUGGUUGAAGAGCGGGAAGCAGGGCACUGUUAGUGCGGUGAACCUGCAGUGGUUGAUGGAAGAGUAA